UCAUCACUCACCCAAACAGGAAAUAGCUAGAGAGUCACUGAGUCACAGCCUAAAGCUGGGACACAUGUCUGAGAUGCAGACUUAUGCUUUUAUCCAUGGUGUAGGAAUUCAGAAUGAGGGCCAGACCCUUGCAUGCCAGAGUUAAGAUGGCUUAUGCUUCAUAGAGAAGACAAAACAUGAAUAUUUUAAUGCUUCUUUAAUAGGUGAGGGGUUAUGGAAAUGUUUGCAAGAAGAAAACACCUUUUUAGUGGCGAAAUUUCCUUGGCCAGUUAACAGAACUGUUUCUUGGGUUAAAUGUAGUAGCUUCUAUUAUAUCCUGAAGCAUCUGGCUUGCCCAGUAGAGACAUGUGAGCACUGCCACGGGCCUGGAAUGUCCCAAGAGGGUAAGAAUAACCCACAAUGAGAGACGACUCCUGCUGUCUUCUGGUCACUGCAGUUGUCAAGAACGCUUUGCCUCAGAGGACAGCUCAGGGCUGUCUCAACUCGGAGAUGGAAAAAUCGCCCACCGCCCACCCCGUUCCUGGGCUCCAAGCUUUCCUUUUAUAUCUGCAGCUCUCACCUUUAAGUCUUUUGUAGGGAAGAUACAUUUAUUCCAGCAAAGAUUUUCCACUUUCUUGGAGAACACAGGCUUCCGAUGUCUCCAACAACCUUGAGUCUGUGACGCUAGGAAGCAUGGAACGUUUGGACCUGCUGGGAUUCCUUCUCAUCACCUUCAAUUGCAACAUGACCAUUGUGGGGAAGGUAUGGCUUAUCUUCAUGAUACUGCUGAGGAUGGUGGUGAUCAUCUUGGCAGGCUCCCCCGUGUACCAGGACGAGCAGGAGAGGUUUGUGUGUAACACCCUGCAGCCAGGAUGCGCCAAUGUUUGCUACGACAUCUUCUCCCCGGUGUCCCAGCUGCGGUUCUGGCUGAUCCAGAGUGUGUCCGUGCUCCUCCCUUCUGCCGUCUUCAGCGUCUACGUGCUGCACAGGGGGGCUGUGUUAGCCGCCCGCGGACUCUGCGGGCUGGACGGCGGUCCCGGGGGCCCUGACCCCGCUGACCUGAGCCCCGGGGACAGGGAGCGGCGCCUCCUGACCGUGCCAGACUUCUCCUCUGGCUACAUCGUCCACCUCUUUCUUCGGAUGCUGACCGAGGCAGCUUUUGGUGCCUCGCACUACCUCCUAUUUGGAUUCUUGGUCCCAAAGAGAUUCUCUUGCACGCACUCUCCCUGCACCAGCGUGGUGGACUGUUACAUCUCUAGGCCCACAGAGAAGUCCAUUAUGACGCUUUUCAUGUGGGCGGUCAGCGCGCUGUCUCUGGUGCUCAGCGUGGCGGACCUCUUCUGCAGCGUGCACAGGAGGGCGAGCGCGCGCGGGCGCGCAGCCGCCCCUCUCCCCCGGCCACGGCCUGCGCGGAGCCUGGGCUCGAGGCCAGGUCAGGUGGCCGGCGGCGGCAGUGGGUGGGCAGAGGUGGGGGCGUCUGUCCACCCCGGCCCGUGGGCUGCAGGGGAGCGUGCAGACAGCCCCAGCCGCAAGUCCGCCGCAUCAGGGCGGACGGGACUUCCUGAUGAAGAGGACAGUGAGGUGAUGUCCUCAGCCAGCGACAAGCUGGCCGUGGCUUGCAAAGAGCCGGGGAGCAGGCCCCACAGAGAGGCCUCCGGGGACCCAAGGGACGAGGGUCCCACAAGGUCAGAGGAGCACCCCUUAGCGCCUCAGAGCCGGCUGGCCCGGCGCUGUCCGUCCGGUCAGCUGCAGCCCCCCGACCGGCCCGCCAACCCGAGAUCCAGAAAGUCCGAGUGGGUCUGAAGAGGGAACGCCAGGCAGCCGGGGGCCGGGGGGCGGAGGGGGGUGCAUAGUCCAGUCCAAACGGAGACCUGGCCCACGAAGAUGCACAUCCUCUUCGGCCCAUGUGAAAUCCUCAUCAACGGGCGGAGAGAAAGGCGAGCCGGCAUGGGAUACAUGGACUUUGUGAGGGACUCAAAUCCUCAAGAUACAGAUUUCAUGUACGUAAUACUUUCUGUUGACCAAAGCACUUGACAUUGUGCUUUUGACAAUGUGACUGGAGGCUAAAAUGAUUAAUUAGAGAGUGUCAGGUGACUGAUUAAUGUGACACUCUUGUCCUUCACCAUAGUAUGUGCUUAAUGUACAGCACGUUGCCUUACAUUAAUAGAGCUCAUUCAUGUGAGUUAUUAUAGAAUUCUUUAUUUUGUUUUUGUUCUUCUAUUUGGAUAAAAGGGGCACUGUUAUGCAUGUCUUUAAUGCUGACAGCUCAGAGCUUGGAGCCUGCUUUGGAUUCUGUGUCUCUCUCUCUCUGCCCCUCCCCUGUUCACACUCUGUCUCUCUCUCAAAAAUGAAUAAACUUAAAAAAUAACAUUAAUAAGGGUUAAUUUAUUAGACUCUUCAAUUCUGCUAACUGCCUAAGCAUGGGUUUUGAUAGGAUGAGAAUGGUGAGAACAGGACAGGAUUAGUCUCACAGGAAGGGAAGCUAAAGAAGGACAUUAGCUCAGGUCUUUGGACGUAGUGUGGCUGGAGAGAAGAAAAAGGUGACAAGAGUGAAGAGAACUGACUGAAUUGGGCCUAGAACCCAAAUCUCUUGUACUUUGAGAGAGUCCUCUAAUUACGAUCAUUUUAGGUAAGAAUGGCUCCUAGGUGGUUUAAGUGUCCAUGUGUGUGCAUGUUGUGGUGGAGCUCUUUUGUCUUUGCAAGGUAAGAAUGGCUCAUUAGAUAUUGUGUAACUUUCUAGGAACUUUAAUUCAGAAGUCUUCCCAGGUUAAUGUCCAGGUGGUUUUCAGGUGGUUCAGCAGUGAUGGGAACCCACUGGUGGAAUCCAAAUGCUGAAUCAACACGUACUAUAGCUAGCUGCUGAGACAAGCACAAAAGAAAGAUUAUGAAAAUCAAUGAGAUUAUGCUUGUGUGUAGCCAAGAAAAGUAUUAUUUAUGGAAUUAAUAAAUGUGACUCUUUUUUUCUAGGAUGUUGCAAUCUCUCGUGAGGACCUACUUGGAAUUUUCUGAGUGUUAAUGUGGUUUCAGGCAAGGACAGAGCAGGGUGGUGCUUUGCAGAUGAAGAGAAGGGGCAUCUAGGCUUCUCAGGCACAGACUUGCUGAGGGUCUCUUACAAUGGAGACGCUUCCCCUCCCCCGCCCCCAAUUUGAGUGGUCCAAUUUCAGGGGCAGGGGCAGCUGUGGAGUCUGGAAGCCCCGCCAGCUGCAUUUUGGUUGUGCUGUAGGUUACAUGUUUCCUAGAAACCUAGAAAAUGUUUCCUAGAUGUCUCACCCUUACCAUUUGAAAUAUAUAUAUAUAUAUAUAUAUUUUUUUUUUUUUUUUUUUCCUUUCUCUUGUCAAUCAUAGAACAAAUCUGUUCCUCGGGGAACUUGCUCUUUGUAUUGUGACCUGAGAGAGUGAGUGGCAGAAAAUAGAGCUGAAAGAAGUGACUACAUUUUUUUCAAACUGAACUUGGAUGAAAUUAGUUUCACGGAGAAUUCAGGAAAUUAAAAGUCAAAUGCAAAAACCAGGUUUAUUAAGAAGUGUUCCCUCCCUCCCCAGACAAGCAGAGUAGAGACAUAUCAUGUUUAAAAUAGUGAGUGAUUGUAAAGAGCAUGCCUACCUGGCCAUGACAGCGGUUGGCCAUUCACUUCCUUGGCCAUCUUACAGCUGAAAGACUCCCCAGUCUGUCACCUGUGUGUCACUGCUCUGGUUCCUCUCCCUCCAUGGAAUUCCAUGGAAUUCCAUGGAAUCCUCCAACCCUCCACCUCUUUCUCUAAGCAGUGCUUCUUAUUCUUCACAUAUAGCUCCUGUGAGUGUUUUAUCAACGGGCUGAGACAAGAUUUCGAAUCAAUGGAGCUAUGUUGAUAAACCAGUAUUUAUGAGUAUUGCCUCUGUAUCUAGCAUUUAAUCUCUUAUUUUUGUUUCUAUGAAGCUAAAAAAAAACAAACAAAAAACAAAACAAAACAAAACAAAAACUUAUCACAUGACAGGUCAGCAAACUGGUGGGAAAGAGUUGUAACAAAAUGUCAUCGUUUUAGUAUCACUGUUGAAACAACUCCUCUGAUUCCUGUCAACUUUAAUUUUCUCAGGGCUGAUCUGGGCACUGUAAGGACUACCUCAUGUUGUAGGCGCUGUUGGGUAGCUCAGAUGAGAGUGUGGAUGUGGACGCCCCAUGAGAGAGACAGAACUGUGUGUCUCGAUGUUCCCUGGGCGGUGAGCUAGUCCAUGCUUGACACAUCACCCUAAACAGGUCUCUCCAGGAAUUUGUGAUGAUAUAAUAUUUGCAUGAUAUAAAAUUUGCAUAUUUCUAUAUGUCCACAGACGUAGGAAUGCUCUAAACCUUCUUCCCAUAUCCUUUCUUACCAACAGAGGCCUCUCUUGGACCAUAUUUAGGACACAAUAUUUAUAAACACGAAAAUGGUAAUUUAUGUCUGGAGGUAACUCUUGACCAUUUCCACGCUUCUAUGUUUUUGCUUAUUUCUGCCCAGAAAAAUCAGGAUUUAGGAACUCUCAGCAGCAGAUCUGGAAAUUGUAUUAGGUUACUUUGGAUAACAGAGGGGGUGAGAAAUUAGGGAUAAUGGAGAAAUUGUGGACAAUCUGGCCUCAUGGGAAGGAGAUCAUUUAAAAGGACAAUGAGUCAUCCUCUUGGGGUUAAGAUGCAGUUCCUUAUUUCUAUUUAAAUUUAUUUAUUUUGCCCACAAGUGUCAGAUUGUCCUUUACCCUGGCUUUUCAUGUGAUCAGGAUGCUAACUGCAAAGGGUUAGCUGGAGAUGUAGAUUCAUAAUAAAAGAUGACAGCCAAGACAGACAAUGGUGGAACUGAGUAAAUAAGGCAAACCCAAUGGUGUGACUACUCAGGAAGGUGGUAGUGGGUGCCAACAGAACAUAAAUAUUCUUUCUUCCUGUAAGAUUCCUGAGCUGUGUACUAAAUAGGUACAAAAAUUCCUUUAUGGUUUUAAGUGUUCAAAUAAGGAAUCUGCAAUGGUGCAUGAGGUUUCUCCCCUUGGGUUAUGAAAUGAUGUGUUAUUUUAUGUUUAAGAUUUUUUUUUUCUCCUUUUCUUGUGCUUUAGAAAGUUGAAGUACUUUUGAUCUCAGAAAUAGUAUUUGGGAAGCAAUUUAAAUAUCCAUAAAUUGGUCUUCCUCACCUGGGAUAUUUGAUCCGAAUAAAGCCUCAGGCAUUACUAAAGUUUAUGCUAAGCGUAUCCAGUGCCAUUUCCUUCAGAAAUGAAAAUUCAGCAAUUUUAUAAAGGUGGUGUGUGUGAUUAGCCAUUAGAAGGAAAUAAGGUCUUAUGCUAACGCAAGUUCAUUAAAUUUUGUUGUGUGCCCACAGUGGUUCUUCAGGGGAAGUAAAGAGGUUGGUUAAGACUUGUACUCCAGAGACAAGGAAAGUUUUCCAUUCUUUCACUAAGAGCUCUGAGAACAUUAGUUUUCUCUGUGUGUUUAUAUUUCCUCAUGUAUAAAAAGAAGUGUCACUUUUCCAGCUAGAAAUGUGAUAUUUGUCAGUGUGGAUUAAAGAGUUUUUACCUUUUUUGAAGUAAGAUAAAUAAAAAUAUUAAAGAUUA